CCCACCUGCAGCCGCCGGCGCCGGGCUCGGGGCGCGGAGGGGCGCGCAGGCGGCGGGCGGCGCCGGGCUCGGGCGCGGAGCGGCGCGCAGGCGGCGGCGGCCAGGCCCGGCCCCGCGGCGGGUGAGCGAGGCCGGAGCAGCUCGCUACCCCUGGAUGGUUGAAGUCCCGGGCAGCAGCAGCAGCAGUCGAGCAGUGCAGCAGGAGCCAUGUCUCUGCCCUUCCGAAAGGAGCUGGAGAAGUACAAGAACAUCAACGAGGAUGAAAUACUCAGCAAGCUCUCAGAGGAUGAACUGAAGCAGCUAGAGCAUGUUCUCGAUGACCUUGAUCCUGAGAAUGCCCUGCUUCCAGCGGGAUUUCGGCAAAAGGACCAGACCACUAAAGCUGCCACGGGCCCCUUCGACAGAGAGCGCCUGCUCUCCUACCUGGAGAAGCAAGCGCUGGAGCACAAGGACAGAGAAGACUUUGUGCCCUUUACAGGGGAAAAGAAAGGAAAAAUAUUUAUCCCUAAAGAAAAGCCCGUAGAAACCCGCACAGAAGAGAAAGUGACCCUGGAUCCAGAACUAGAAGAGGCCCUGGCCAGUGCUUCAGAUACCGAGCUCUAUGACCUUGCAGCUGUUCUUGGAGUGCACAACAUGGUCAACAACCCAAAAUUCGAUGAAGCAGGAGCCCGCGGUAAAGAUGGAAAAGGAAUCGUGAGAAAUGUGGUGAAAGGUGAAAAGGUCAAGCCCAUCUUUGAGGAGCCACCUAAUCCAACCAAUGUGGAAGCAAGUUUACAAAGGAUAAAAGCAAAUGAUCCUAGUCUCACAGAAAUUAAUCUCAACAACAUAAAGAAUAUUCCUAUUCCAACACUGAAAGAAUUUGCAAAAGCUCUGGAAACCAACACACAUGUGAAGACAUUCAGCCUUGCAGCUACUCGAAGCAAUGACCCCGUAGCUAUUGCAUUUGCAGAUAUGUUGAAAGUGAACAAAACACUGAAGAGUCUGAAUGUAGAAUCCAACUUCAUCACUGGGACGGGGAUUUUGGCACUGAUUGAUGCACUGAAAAAGAAUGAAUCCCUAACAGAGAUUAAAAUUGACAACCAGAGGCAGCAGCUUGGGACAGCUGUAGAGAUGGAGAUUGCCAAGAUGCUGGAGGAGAACUCCAGGAUUCUCAAGUUUGGAUACCAGUUCACAAAACAAGGUCCAAGAACCAGGGUAGCAGCAGCUAUCACUAAAAACAAUGAUCUGGUUCGGAAGAAGCGCGUGGAAGGGGAGCGGCAGUAGCCACAGCGUCGAGGACAGCGGGCAGGACUGGAGGCCACCACCAGCUGCAGUCUCAGAGUGCUCACUGCUCAGAAGGGAAGGCACUGGAAAACGAUUACAAUGGGAGUUGCUGAUUUCUGUUAAUGUCUCCUUUUAACCUUGAAAACAGAGCCUGUCCAUUUUCAAUUUUCAUGGUUAAUUUAAUUCUUAUGAGAAAGGUUCAUAGUUGGUUUGAUUUUAAUCAAGAAAAUGGUUUGCAGUAUGUGAAGCCAAUAUGCAGCAUCAUAACUGUGUUACUGAGCAUAACAUAUAGUGACUGUGACCCUUAUUUUAGACACUUUUUGAUAUAUAAAAAUAUGACCUUGUAUAUGGAUAAGGGAUUCUACGCUGAAAAUAGAAAUUUUAGGGCCAAGUUCUGCAAUGCCUUAUGUUUGUGAAUAAUCCUUACUUAUGUGUAUAGUCCUGCUGAACUGAAUCCUGCAAUGGGCUGCUCCCUGGAGUAGAACUAGUGGUGCCAGUACAGAUUUGCAGGUUCACACCCUUGAGCCUCUCUCCUGCAGUGGGAUCUGGGCAGCUGGAGCCGCCUUGGAACAGCCCCUGCCCCCCUUGUUGGGUCUCCACCCGUCCAGCUCCCAGUGCAGGGUCACGCCUAGACCUACAAACAUUGUCAAAGCCUACUUGUUUACAUGAGCUUCGGUUAUUUUAGGUUAUUUUGCAAUGUUACACUGAUGUUUUUUAUUCUUAUUCCAAAUUGUAAAGUAAUAUUAGUGCUGCCAAUCCUAGAGAUGUUGAAUGUUUUUGUGUUUUUUUUCUAGGCCAACAAAUUUUUGUUUGCUACUAGAAUGCACAGUUUACAGCUAGUGAUCUUAACCUAAACAAGUAUUCUGAGCAAUAUUUGUUUUGCUUUGAGCCAUGAGUUUGACUUUUUUUCAGUUCUGGUAUUUAUGUACAUUUGUUAGCAUUUUAGGACUGUUCUCAGGACCUUUUAGAUGAAGAUUAAUUAAAUACUUAAUCCAGGAGAGCCACUGUGCUGUCAGGAAAAGACACUAAAGGGGUAGUUUUUUGACAGCUACAUAACUGACAUUUAUAUGCUGCAGUUGAGGUUUGUCCCUGUAUCACAAGGCACGUGGCUAUUUGUGCCAGUGUUUAUCUGAAUAAGGGCAGAUUUAAACACAUGCACAAAUGCUUUGCUAAAUCAUGGCCUUAACUUACAUGCUGGACAUUACCUUAACCCAGUUGAAAACACUCACAAAGCAGCAGCUAACCCCAGUGCUCAACAGCACCAAAAUUUCAGUAAGAAUUCAGUCUGAUGUUUCGUCUUGUGCAUUUUACCAUCUAAAACUACUCUCUACCACAGUUGUAUCACUGCCAAGAGCUGACUAACAGCCAGAGGUUCAUUCUGGUUGUACAUGCACAUGCUGUGAGAGUGAAGGGACGCUCAGGUCAGGUGUGUCACACACCCCAAGCUUUCAGAGAGCUGCAGAGCUGUGGCCAGCAUUACCUGGGGCACACUGGCUCUCUGAGAGCAGGGAUGAAGUGCUGCUUGCUUGGGGCAGUGCUGGACACCACGGCCACUGCAGGAUGCUCCUGAGCCAGCAGGGACUGCUGUGGGCACUGUGCAGCUGGGCAUUCAGGGAUCAGAGGCCUGGGGAGCCCCACAGCAGGUGCUGGAUGCUUGGCACACUUCCCUGAGCGAGUUUUCAUCUUGCUGGGGGGUGAGCUAACAGGAUGAACCCUCCCUCUGUGCCUUUUAUAACAGAAAUGAGUAGGUUCAAGGCAAAGCUCUUCCUGUUGGAUACUGGUCUUUGUAGCUGGGUCCAAAGUGAAAAACACUCACUGAAAUCCCACUUAAAAUACUUGGCUAAAGUGGUCUGCUGAGGUGGGAUAUAAACUGCAGUAGCCACAGUUUACUUCCCUGAGAGCUCCCAGUCUCUAGAAUUUCCACUUCUUCCCUUCCUCAGAAUAAACUGAAACCUUUGCUUUGCAAGUGAAAACCAAAACACACAGGGGAGUCUUACUAAGGUCUUCCCUGGAUCCAUGUAGGAUUUGCUGUGAAAAACUUUGAUAUCCCAUUUAAAAAAAAAAUACAAAUUCUGUAAUAAGUCAUAACUCUGCACGGGCUUAAAUAGAAUCCUUAAUAAAACAUUUGGAUUACAAGGGGAAUACUGGGCUUUGCACCAUGAAGUUUCAUGGGUGAGAAGAAUCUUCAUCCACAAUGCCUAAAGAUUAUGUUAUUUAUAACCUUCAGUGACAGGAAUCACACUGCCCCUAAUUUCUUGUUCUUUUCCUUUGAUCCAACCAGGGGAAUCCCAAUUAUCAAUCAAUUUUUUGAAGAUUUUUUAUUUAUUUUUUUUUCUUUAAGAGUGGUACGUAUCUGUGUUUAAGGGAAACAAGUGCAAUCCAUAUCUAGUCUUAAUUGCCAUUGACAGUGUUGGUAUUUGCAUGCAGCAGUUUCACAAGGGUGGGUUGCUCUGACUGCUUCAUGGUGUUUGCAGCAUGUCCUGUAUGGCUUUGCUCAGAGCCACGCUCGUGGUUAUGCAGUCAGGUGGCUCCAUGUGUGUUUUGCAGCCCCAGUUGGCACCAUGGACUGAGGUACAUGGCUGGGGAAAGCCCUGUGGGCUCUCCAUCCCUCCAUCUGCCAUGCCCUUUGCACAGCCACGGUUCCUCUGCAGGGAGGAGCCUCACUCUGGAGGGACCAUCUCAAACAGCAGCCCCAGCAUGUGUGAGGAGAGCUCCCAAGCCCUGGCUGCUUUCUCCAGGCAGGGGGCUCAGUGACCAGGGAUGUCUGUCCUGCCUCUUCCAUGUGCUCCACACAAGAGCUUGGUUGUCACCAGCCCUGAGUGUCACAGGUCAGACAUUGCAACAACAGCACACAGUGGUGAUGCUUGGGGGCAGAUUUUCAUACUAAUACAGGAUUAUUUAGCUGGUUAAAAAUCUCUGCAACUAACAUGAAGGGGGGCAGGAUGUGAUGAGUUAUUUCACAUCCUACUACAGACAACAUCUGGCAUUGUCAAUGCUGAAUGGGGAACAGGGACAGAAGAGUCCUUUUUUCUCAAGCAAACAUUCAGGAGUAACUUUGUCUGUUUUUGCACAUUGCUUCUCGUGUUGACUGCUUAAGUUUGGUUUGUAUUUUUUAUACAGUUUUUUCAUGGAAAAUCUCAACUUUGUGUGUGUCCUAACAUCCACGUGAAGUGUAGCGUGCACUGAGGACCAUAUGUGUACAUGUAUAAAUGAUGAUGUUAUCUCUGGAACAAAAGUAACUGCAUGCGCACAGUGUGGUGCAUAUUACUCAAGAGGAAGAGAAUUACCAUGCUAUGUAACAGUGACUCCCCAGCAUUGUGGUUUUUCUAAAUAAACCUUCACAAAGGA